UAUAGAGGGACUUUUAUUAACUCCAUUUUCUCUACCAAUAUUUUCUUCAUGCUUUCCUGAAAAUAAAUCAUGAAUUAUGAAGAACAUUCAUCUAAUUCCCAAGUUCCUAUUAUCAAUUUCAGUGAUGAAAAUUUGAAACCUCGCACUGAAAAUUGGGAUUCAGCUUGCCAAGUAAUAAAGGAAGCCCUAGAGGACCAUGGUUGUUUCUAUGCACUAUCUUAUAAAGUUCCUAUGGAACUUAACAACAAAGUUUUUGGUUUAAUGGAAGAACUAUUUGAUCUUCCAUUGGAAACAAAGAUGCAAAAGAUUAGUGACAAGCCUUACCAUGGUUAUUAUGGGCCACAUCCUAGUGUUCCUUUAUAUGAAUCAUUAGGGAUCCCUGACCCUUUAACUAUGGAAAAUGUUCAACACUUCACUAAGGUUAUGUGGCCACAAGGAUAUCAUCAUUUCAGCGAGACUCUUAAUGUAUAUGCAAAUUUGGUGGUAGAAUUGGACCAUAUUGCUAAAAGAAUGGUGUGUGAUGGGUAUGGUCUAGAAGAAAGGCACUAUCAUGACCUAAUUGAAUCAACAAGUUAUUUGCUUCGGAGCUUUAGAUAUGCACUUCCAAAGAAGGAUGAGAGUAAUUUGGGAUUGAUGCCUCACAAGGACACUUCUUUCUUCACCAUAUUGCACCAAAAUAAUGUAACUGGAUUGCAGGUUAAAUUGAAAAAUGGAGAGUGGUUUGAUAUUGAUCCUUCACCCUUCAUGUUUCUCAUUCUUGCUGGGGAAUCAUUUCAGGUUUGGAGUAACGAUAGGAUUCAAGCUUGUGAACACCGAAUUAUCAUAAAUGAAAAGAAACAUAGGUUCUCUAUGGGGCUAUUUUCACUUGGCACCACUAUUCAACCACACCAGGAGCUAGUUGAUGAUGAAGAACAUCCAAGACAUUAUAAGCCAUUUAAUUAUUAUGAUUAUCUUAAUUUCGUUGGAACAAAAGAGGCCUUGGAAUCUAAGUGUAGAAUCAAAACAUUCUGUGGCAUUGACUAGCUAGUAUGUUAAUAAAAGCACUCAAAGUUGUAUUUGGAUUAUGUUUUUGAGAUAAAUAGAUGAGGAUAGAUAUUUUUUGUGCAUACUUACA